GGUCGGAGGCGGUGCUGCUGUCAGUCCUCUUCCAGGUCCUCGUCAAAAGUCCCGUGUUGUUGCUCUUAACCAGCAGCGGAGGCUCCGGAGUCCAGAGCGAGCCGCGCGCCCCGAGGUGCCACCGGAUCCGCUGCCUGACGCGCCACUGGCCUCCUGCACCCUGACAGCGACGUGUGUCCGGGGGAGACGCGGAAGGAGCAGGGAUUCCACCGGGAGCUGCAGCCACACGCCGGAGAGUCUCCACACGUUGAUACCGUCUCCCAGUGCUGCUGGAGCUGCUGGAGCUGCUGGUGCUGCUGGAGCGGGAUUAUCCACGAGUCCCGACCGCCUCCGACACGAGCCACACGGGGCACGGUGGAGACUUGUUGCGCGUAAUUCGGCGGAGCGCGCCACUUCAUCCAAGUGGUUCCUGUGCGUGCGUGCGAUGUUUUGAUUUGAGACGUUUCCGCGGCGCUGGAAUGGACCGAGAGCAGCUCGGACCCUCAGCCUGAAACCAGCUCCUGGGGACGAUGAGAAUAUCCCACCACAACAAACCAAACCCGGGUGAUUAGUGUCCCUCCGAGCCGCUGCUGCACGGAGCCAGUUCCUCCUGUCCAUGGCACCGACUCUCAGCCAAGUCGAACUUUAUCAGAUCCCACUUCAUUAGAGUCACUUUCUUCCUCUUCAUCAUCCUCAUCAUCAUCAUCCCUCUUCUUCCUCCUCCUCGUCGAGCCGCUUCUCCUCGUCGACAUGUCUGAGCGAGAUGGAUACGGGGACGCGCUGUGCGGGGACGCAGCUCCGGACUUCAUCCCGCCGAGGGCGUCCCGCGGCCGGCGGAGCGGAGUCGUCCUCCCCGGCGGCGGCGGCGGCCAGGACACCGACACCAUCCUCCUGGAGUCCGUGAAGGCGGCGCCGCGCCGGAGCAGCAUCAUCAAGGAUCCCUCAGUGCAGAAGGUGGGCGGCGGCCGGAAGAAGACGGUGUCCUUCAGCAGCAUGCCCUCUGAGAAGAAGGUGAGCAGUGCGGCGGACUGCCUGGCGUUCAUGCAGGGCGGCUGUGAACUGAAGAAGAUCCGGCCCAACUCCAGGGUCUACUGUCGUUUCUACACCCUGGACCCGGACCUGAGCUGCCUGCGCUGGGAGCCGUCGAAGAAGGACGGGGAGCGGGCCCGGCUGGACGUGUGCAGCGUCCGGGAGGUCCGCACCGGGAAGAGCACCGAGACCUUCCUCCACAACGGCCCCCUGUGUGAGCAGCUGGCCGAGGAAGCAGCCUUCUCCAUCAUACAUGGAGACGACUACCAGUCUCUGGACUUGGUUGCACUCUCUGCUGAUGUGGCCAACAUCUGGGUGACGGGCCUGCGCUACCUGCUGGCCCACCCGUCUGUGAUCGGCGGGGCUGGGGGAGGUGGUGGAGGAGGCCUGGGUGAAGGAGGGAUAAUGGCGGUCGACGGAAGCCUGGGCAGCAAGAUGAGGAGCGAGUGGCUGGCGGCGGAGUUCGCCCAGGUGGACGAAGACGGCUACGGCAUCGUGUCGGAGGACAUCGCGGUCGCCACCAUCUGCAAACUGUGUCCCGGCAUCAGGGAAGCGAAGGUGCGUCUGCGUUUCAAAGAGAUCCAGCGCAGCAAGGAGAAGCUGACGUCCCAUGUGACCCGCGAGGAGUUCGAGGAGGCCUUCUGCGAGCUCUGCACCCGGCCCGACGUCUACUUCCUCCUGGUGCAGCUGUCCAAGGACCGCGAGUGUCUGGACCCCCAGGACCUGCGGCUCUUCCUGGAGACGGAGCAGGGUUUGUCCCUGGCGACCACCGAGGGCUGCUGGGAGCUGCUGAAGCGCCACGAGCCGUCGGCGCAGGGCAGGGAGAGGGGGCUGCUGGGUCUGGACGGGUUCGCUCGCUACCUGCAGUCGCCCGAGUGUCAGCUGCUGGACCCGGAGCAGCUGGGGGUGUGUCAGGACAUGAACCUGCCUCUGUCCCACUACUACGUCAGCACCUCGUACCGCUCGUACCUGCUGGACGACCAGGUCCACGGCAGAGCCGACCUCGGAGGCCUGAUCAAGUCGCUGCAGUCCGGUUGUCGGUGCCUGGAGCUGGGAGUGACUGACGGCCCAGAGGGGGAGCCCCUCCUGGGGGUGGACUACGGUCCAGAAGUCCCCCGCCACCAUCACCACCACCACCACCACCAUCACCACCAUGCUCCUGUGACCAUCCGCUCUGCUCUGGAGGUGGUGAACAAGUACGCCUUCCUGACCUCUCAGUACCCGCUCCUGGUGUACCUGUGCCAGCGCUGCUCUCCGGCACAGCAGCGUACGAUGGCGCAGCACCUGAAGAAGGUGUUCGGCUCCCGUCUCUUCACGCCAGAGGCCAGAGGCCCUGCCCUGGGAGGGCGAGCCACGACCCUGCCCUCCCCCGAGCAGCUGAAGGGACGCAUCCUGCUCGUGGGGAAGAAGCUGCCGCCGGAGCAGCAAGGGUCGGACGGCGAGGUCUCUGAGGAGGAUGAGGAGAUCGGAGGAGGAGGGCCGUUGGCAGGACGGCGAAUGACCAUCCCCGGUGAGGAGGAACUGGGCGUGGUCCUAGUGGUGCCGCCGCCCUCUCAACCCAGGAAGUUGCGUCUCCACAAAGAGCUGUCAGACCUGGUGGUCAUCGGUCGGACCGGCAGCCGCAGCUUCUACGCCCAGAGGGUGAGUCACAAACAUGCUCAGCAGCAGUCCCCGCCCAGCAGCCCCUCCUCCCCCUGCACGCCGCUGCCCCCUGAGCCGCCUUAUUGGACAAUGUGCUCCCUGGGGGAGGGAGAGGGCGGGCGGCUGACCAGCGAGAGCCCGGAGGACCUGGUCAUGUUCACAAAGCGCACUUUAACCCGGGUGCGACCCAGCUCAGUGCGCCUGGACUCCAGCAACCCCAACCCACAGGGGUACUGGAAGGGAGGGGUCCAGCUCGUGGCCUUGAACCAGCAGACCCCCGGCGCCAUGCUGGACCUUCACCGAGGUCGCUUCUCGCAGAACGGAGGCUGUGGCUACGUGCUGCGUCCGGCUGUGAUGAGGGACGAGGUGUCGUAUUUCAGUGCCCACACACAGGGAUGUGUCCCGGGAGUUCCUCCGCAGACGCUUCGCAUCAAGGUCAUCAGUGCCCACAACCUGCCCAAGCCUCAGGGGUCGGGGGCGAAGGGAGAGGUCAUCGACCCGUACGUGGUCCUGGAGCUGCACGGCGUCCCGGCCGACUGCGCCGAGCAGCGGACACGCACCGCUGCUCAGAACCAGGACGACCCGCUGUUCGAUGAGACCUUCGAGUUCCAGGUGAACAUGCCGGAGCUGGCCUUGCUGCGCUUCGUGGUUUUAGACGACGACUACAUCGGAGACGACUUCAUCGGCCAGUACAGCGUCGCCUUCGAGUGCCUUCAGCCCGGCUACCGCAACGUGCCCCUGCUGGGCCUGGUGGGAGACCCCUUACCCCACACCAGCCUGUUUGUCCACGUGGCCGUCACCAACCGGCGAGGAGGCGGCAAGGCCCAGAGACGGGGCCUGUCGGUGAGGAGGGUGGGCCGGCGGGGGAAGGAGUACGUCACGCUGAGGCACACGAGCAUCAAGGUGGUGGACGAGACUUUCAAAACCGUCGGCACCGCCCUGAAGGAGGCGGCGGAGCUGCGGGACGAUGCUCAGAGCACAACGGCCAGUUUCAAAGAGCAGUGUGGGCUCCCCACGGUGGCCAAGCUCAAGCAGUGCAUCCAGAGCCUGGCCACCAGGCUGCAGAGCCCCGAGGGCCCCCUGGGGGCCACCAUGGUGCUGAGGGAGGGCUACCCCUGUCUGGAGCCACUGGCCAACCUGUCGGAGCCGACACGCAAACUGCUCACCGCCUACGACACGAUGAUAGCUGCUCAGAAACAGCUGAUCGAGAACGCAGACGCCGUCCAGGAGAGGAUCGCCCAGGUGCAGAGAGAAGGCAUGGACUUCCACGAGGACCUGUCCCGGCUCGGGGAGAAGGACGGACUGAAGGGACGGAAGCUGUGCAAAGCUGUGGAGAGUUUCACCUGGAACAUCACUGUCCUCAAGGGUCAGAGCGAUCUGCUACGAGGAGCCAAGGUGGAUUCCCUGGACGCUCUGCGGCAGUUGGCUCUGGCCUGCGAAGCCUGCGGCCUCGCCUCCUCCUCCUCCACCAACUCCUCAUCCUCCACCUUCUCCGCAGCCGAGUUACACUACUCCUCCCACUCCCUGUCGGGCCGCCGCAGCAGCACGCAUGGAAACGGACGCAUUUGACCCGCCUCCCUGCCCCCGGGUCCAGCACGCUGCCAAAGAUGGAGGGAGGGUGAAGAGAGUAAAUACAGAGGAUGUGAGAAAGACAGAGAAAUAGCAGAGCGGAGGAGGUGGAGGCCCCAGAGGAGGAAUCUCUUUCCCCAGUGUGUAGACUUGCCUAGAACAGUUUAUCUGUUAAAGCCUUAACGUGAGUUCAUCCAUUUAUCACUGACGGUCCAGCCUGAGGAGAAGCUUCUCGUGAAUGUCCUGAAUCAGAGGUGGAAGAGCAGACGUGGCUCCUCGAACCCUCCGACGGCUCCUGCUUGACUCUCUGAAAGACUCGUAGAAAUCAUAGACACCUGGAUAGUGACAAUGGCGCUGUGGUAGAGCGGGUGUUUACAGACCUGUCGGUGUUUUAGACGUAGAGAAUGUGGAGCUGACAGAUUGUGAUCCAGCCUCAGCAGAUCAGUCCUGGGGGAAGAUAUCAUGACCUCUGUGUGUGGGCCAUUACACAACUGGUUGUAUUGAGGGAUAGAAGUAAAGAUGAAGAGUUGUAGUAUUAUAAUACUACAAAUGAAUACUCUCAAAAGUUUUUAGAUUUAACUGCAGUCGAUGCAACUGAACCUUUAUCUGAAGCUUCAUGUGAAAAAUGUCCUUCUACAUCUAAAGGGGUAAAGAAGAAGCUUUAAAUUAAUGUAAGAUUGACAUGAAUGACUGCUAAAGAUGAUUGACAGUUAUUAACAACAACUGGAUUGGCUGGACACGCCUCCUGGUGGCCGGUUUUUAAGUCUCCAAACACUUUCUCUGUUACUGAAAAAAAACCCAGUUACUAAUGAUAUUUGAGAGUUUGGAGACAUAACGUGAAAUUAAUCAAAUUAUUUGUCUGAUUUUUCUAAUUAAUUGCUUCUCUUCUCUUGGUAAAUAUUUCAUUUUCAUAACAAAGACUGAGCUCCUGAGCAGUUUUCUGUCUGAGGCCAGUUGCUCCGAUACAGAUGGAUUGUGUAGUGUGUUGAAUGAGCAGUGGACACACACACACACACACAGACACACACACAGGUCGCUGGUGUCUCCCCUCUGAACGCCUCCGUCACGUUCACUCGACGAGGGCCCGGCGUUAACGCGAGGAACGAGGUGUGGUGGAUCCGACCUGUGCGGUAACUGGAGAAGUCCGUGUGUGGAUACUGUAGUACUACUACGUGUGUGUGGAUAGAAGUACAUGUGGGGAUCACAUAACCUCCUCGUGUGGGUCGCUGUGUGUUCGUGUGUAGAAGCGACAGAUGCCCGCAGCGUUGAUGAAGUUUAAGAUGUAGCAAUAAUAAUAGUUGUUGAGUUAUGAAAGUGUCUUAACUUUCUGUUUCACUCACUGAAUGAUUGAAAACAACAUUACUAACUGGUGUCAGCAGGUGCUACUGAUCACGGCUCGUCGUUGUGCGUACCCGUCAGUGACGUUGGCGUUCCUCGAAGCCUUUUGAGUGUAACCGUGUGUUUCUUCUUAGAGAAAACACCUGAUUCUCGUUCUUUUAACCGAGCUUUUGUACGUUCUCUUGUAUCUUGUAAUGCUGCGUUUGAACCAAACUUGACUAAAGUAAUGCUAACACACAGGACUAAGCUAACGGGAUUAGAAAUACCUCCUUCAGUACUGUCACACGUCGAUACCCUCACUCCUCCAGUGAUUCUCAUGCCUCGGUUCUUUAGAUUCAAUGUCUCGGAAAUGCUAAAUUAUCUUUAAAAUAUAUAAGGUUGGAAAUCAGAAAGUAAAUAUUUUGUGUUUUUGAAAAUUGGAUUAAAGAUUUUGUGCACAUCA